UGUAUAUUUAUUCACCACAGACGGAUACCUCUAACCAUCUCUCAAACAUCAAAUAUAAAGUUAAAACCUGAUUCCUUUAACUUGUCUAAUGAUUGUCUCAAUUUAUCAUUGAUUCCAGCUGAUGUGAUUUAUAUUGGAUUUUCAAGUAUUAAUUAUAGUGGAACGAUAUCACGCACCUGAGGCCGUGUGUAAACACUGGAUGAUUGUGUAUUAACUUAUUACAUAGCUGAUCAAAUCUUGCUACUGACAUGGAUGGUUAAUUGUUUUAAAUAUUUAUAGGAUUUAGGGUUAACAUUGUUGAAAAAGAGAAUAAGUCAUGUUCAUUGGGAAAAGUAAUUAGCAUGAAACAAACUUAGAAGGAGAUCUCAAAUAACUUUAUUCUUAACUGGACGGAUUCUGGAUUCUGGAAAUGGGGUGUAAUUGUCUUCAAUGGAUUAAAUAUCGACAAGUGUAAUAACAGAACAAUCUGAGGCGGAACGUAACAAAAUACAAACGAAAUAUGAAGAACUGCGUUUACUGUCAGACAACAGCGAAGUCGCAGAGUCGUUCUAUAGAAUGAUACAGUAAAAGACAUUAAGUUAUCAGUAAACAUGAAUAAUUCCACUGUUAGUACAGAUGACGACGACAACCUUCCGACCUUUCCUGUUUAUGUGUAUAUCGUAUUUGGUACUGUCGGUGGUCUGAUUACAAUAUUCACAGUGCUUGGAAACCUCUUGACAGUGUUAUCCUACAUAAGGGACAACAAACUACAUUCAGUGUAUAACACGUAUAUAUUGAACUUAGCAGUAGCAGAUUUUAUUCUUGGAUUCGUGGUACUACCAAUUUAUAUGGUCUACGAGAUAGGACCAAGUUCUUUCUUUUUGGAUUACUACCUCUGCAAAGCGUUUUAUGUCAUAGAUUUUACAGUAUGUGUAGAAGGCGUGUUUAUGAUGAUUAUUAUAAGUUACGAUCGUCUGAUGCUUCUAAGAUGUGGUAUGUCAUAUAAUCAGAUCGAGACUAAAAGAAAAUGUUCAAUAGUGAUAGGGUUGUCGUGGGUAUUAGCCUUUCUGGUUUAUGGACCAUCUAUAAUAUUUUGGGACAUUUGGCAGGAUAAGGACGACAUUAAUGUACCAGGAAUGUGCGAUGUACAAUUUGCACACCAUUCUGUUUUUACAACAACAACUGCAUUCUUAGAAUUUUUCAUUCCUUUAAUUCUGCUCUCGGUUGUUGAUAUUUCCAUUAUAACUGAGCUACGAAAACGGACAAAAUUUCGUAUAACAUCAAUAUUCAGAAAGAGUUUUAGACGAAGCAGCAAGUCAAAAUCCGAAUCAACGAAAUCUAAAUCUUCUUUGAUAUCAAUCAAUGAAUCUAAGGUGGAUUCUGUAAAAAGCAAAGACUCAAAAAGGAAAGACAAAAAAUGUCAAACUGAUUAUCGAAAGCGUAGAGAGAAGAAAGCUAUGAAAUCGUUAGGUUUAUUGAUGGCAGUGUUUUUUAUCACGUGGGCACCCUAUACUAUUUAUACUAUCAUAAAAUCCGUGCGGAAAGGAGACAUCGAAUUGUUAAGUUAUGAAGCUUUAACGUGGUUUCUUUGGCUGAAGUCGGCUGUGAAUCCGUUGCUGUAUGCCUUUAAUAGUAAACGAUACAGACGGAACUUUAAGUUUUUCCUUUGCUGUUUCAAAUCACUUCCCAUUUUUAGGAAGAACGAAUUGUAAAUGAUAGGUGUACCAAAACGUGUAUGACUGCAAUCAUAAAGAUAAUAAAACAAGAUUUUUAUCGUUUAACUUUCAUCCACAAACGUGUGAUGUCGAUCGU